AGACAUAAACCCGCCUUGGCCACCAUGACUGCGGCUCUUUCACACGCCAGAAAUAACGAGUGCUCAAAGAAGCGCCCGCGCGAGCCUGAGCUAGAGAUCGUCUACAAGAAGCAGAAAUGCACCGCCGACAACGCGCACCACAAAUGCACUGUCGACGGUACGCGGCACCGAAAACGCGCUAGGAAAGAGAAGCCUUUCGCUCGCAUGACGGAACAGCAGCGCAAGUUCUACACCGCGCGACGGUCGAACCCCGAAGGCCCGACCGUCCGAAUCGGCGAACUACUAGAGGAAACAGAGAAGGAGAAAGCACAGGCGGCCGCAAGGUGCAAGCUUUGGCGCGAUGCGAUAGCGGCCAAGAAAGCUUGGAAAGAGAGCCUACCGCCCGCAAGAAGAUGGGAUCCCGAGUUCAGGUUUCCUGAGCGCACCGUCCUCGUCGACGUCGAAAAGGGCUUACAGAUGUUCGGCCUCACCUGGGAAGAAAUAGAAACACUGCCCGCGCAAUGGCACGACGGCUACCCACUCUGCGAUGGCUGGCACUGCAGCUACCGCGACAUGCGCGACCUCUCCGCCCGCAAAUUCAAGGCCGGCGCAUUCGAGUUCAAGCGCCUCUUCGGGAAGCCCAUCGGUGACCCGCGAAUGCGACACGGGCGACUCGAGGGGUUCGUAGAGAAGCCUGGCCAAGCCGCCAUCGACCCCUACUCGGGCUUGCCCAUAGUGGACAUCCAUGUGUCCAGCAAACGCCAUGCGACGGGAAUGUACCGCCCGACUUGCCAGGUGGAGCAGCUUAUGCUCGAUGACCCUGUGCAGUACGGCAAGAAGCUGGAGAAAGAAGAGAAGGAACGACAGAGGAAGGAGAAAGAGCAGCAAGCUGCGAGAGAGAGAGAGGAGAAAGAGCGGAGGGCUCAAGAGAAGAAAGUUGAAGCCGAGUGGAAGAGGAAGAUGAAGGCAGCCGAGCGCAAGAAGCUGACGGCGAAGGCGAAGAAGGCGAAGUCCCAGAGCGCCGAUUCGAGUGAAUGGUAGAGAUUCCGUCCGCGUAUAAUAAUAUAGACAACUAGUCAGACACCUAAUAGC